AUGGCACUAGCAAGAGAAAUCAUGGGUUUCUCUUUGAUUGAAAGAUCUACGUUUCUAGAUGCUUCGUCUUCUCGGCUGUUGUUGAACCGGCCAAAGAACCGGUUUUUUGUGCCCCGUGGGGGGAGUAGGGUACAACCGGUGGUGAACAGGGCUGUGAAGGGUACAACCCCUGUUGCAGCAAUUAGUGAGGAUUUGGAUUUGGUGAAGGUUGUGCCUGAAAAGGCAGUGAAAUUUAAGGUGAGGGCAGUUGUUACAGUGAGGAACAAGAACAAAGAGGAUUUUAAUGAGGCUUUGGUUAAACAUUUGGAUGCUUUUGCUGACAAGAUUGGGAGAAAUGUUGUGUUGGAGCUUAUCAGCAAUGAUAUUGAUCCAAAAACCAAGGCUCCAAAGAGGAGCAAUGAAGCAAUCCUAAAGGAUUGGUCGAAAAAAUCGAACCUCAAAACCGAGAGAGUGAAUUACACAGCAGAAUUUGUGGUGGAUUCAAAUUUUGGUGUGCCAGGUGCAAUCACUGUGGCUAAUAAACACCAGCAAGAAUUCUUCAUAGAGAGCAUCACAAUUGAAGGAUUUACAUGUGGGCCUGUGCACUUCCCCUGCAAUUCUUGGGUCCAGCCCAAGAAGCAUCAUCCUGGGAAAAGAAUUUUCUUUUCUAACCAGCCAUAUCUUCCCCAUGAGACACCAGCAGGACUAAAAGCUCUUAGGGAGAAGGAGCUUCGAGAACUUAGAGGUGAUGGAAAAAGAGAAAGAAAAUUGUUCGAUAGAAUAUACGACUUUGACGUGUACAAUGAUCUUGGAAAUCCCGAUAAAGGGAUCGAUUUUGCUCGACCAAUGCUCGGUGGAGAAAAAAUUCCUUAUCCUAGGCGAUGCAGGACGGGCCGGCCUCCUACUGAUACCGAUUUACACUCCGAAAGCCGAGUGGAAAAGCCAUUGCCGAUGUACGUGCCGAGGGACGAGCAAUUUGAGGAGUCGAAAAUGAAUGCCUUCUCGACCGGGAGACUGAAGGCUGUCCUUCAUAACCUCAUACCUUCACUAAUGGCUAGCAUAUCGGCUAAUAACAAGGAUUUCAAGGGAUUUUCUGAUAUCGAUAGCCUCUACAGCGAAGGACUUCUUCUUAAGCUCGGUUUUCAAGACGAAAUCCUGAAGAAAAUCCCCAUGCCGAAAACAGUUAACCAAAUUCAAGAAGGUGGAUUGCUCAAAUAUAACAUCCCAAAGAUUGUAUCAAAGGAUAAAUAUGCUUGGUUGAGAGAUGACGAAUUUGCCCGGCAAGCCUUAGCCGGAGUUAACCCGGUCAAUAUCGAGAGGCUUCAGGUUUUCCCUCCGGUGAAGGGCCUCCCUGCCGAUCUCAUCCGAAGAGGAAUGGCGGUGCCGGACCCCACACAACCCCACGGGCUUCGUCUCAUGAUCGAGGACUACCCGUACGCGUCAGACGGGCUCAUGAUAUGGUCCGCCAUCCAAGACUGGGUCCACGCCUACGUGCGCCACUACUACCGAGACCCGGCCGAUGUUUGCAACGACCGUGAGCUCCAAGCUUGGUAUGCCGAAUCGGUCAACGUGGGCCACGCGGACCUCCGCCACGCGGAUUGGUGGCCCGCGCUCGACUCCCCCGAUGACCUGGCGUCUGUCCUCACGACCCUUGUCUGGCUUGCGUCCGCCCAGCACGCGGCCCUCAACUUCGGGCAAUACCCAUAUGGAGGCUACGUGCCCAACCGCCCGCCCCUCGUGCGCCGGCUCUUGCCCGAAGAAACCGACCCAGAGCACGAUGGUUUCGUCCGGGACCCACAAAAGUACUUCUUUAGCGCGCUCCCGAGCCUCUUGCAGGCGACCAAAUUCAUGGCCGUGGUCGACACGCUCUCGACCCACUCGCCUGAUGAGGAGUAUAUAGGGGAGCGGCAGCACGGGUCGAUUUGGUCGGGAGAUUCUGAGGCGGUUGAGGCAUUUUACGAGUUCUCGGCAGAGAUCGGGCGAAUCGAGAAGGAGAUCGAGAGGAGGAAUGCGGACCCGCAGCUCAAGAACCGGUGUGGGGCCGGGGUGUUGCCUUACGAGCUCCUCGCGCCGACCUCCGAGCCGGGGGUCACGUGUAGGGGAGUACCCAAUAGUGUGUCCAUAUGA